AUGGAUAUCAACAUGGAAGUUUUGCUAUCAAAACUUGACGAAAAACUAAAUAAACAAACACUAGCUAUCACUACAGCGGUAACAGCAAACGUAAUGGAGGUCCUAGAAAAUAGGCUAGCACCAAUCAUAGAAGAAAAUAAUAACCUAAAACAAAAAGUUGCAAACUUAGAAGUGAAACUCAAUUCGAUCGAAAAAGAGAAACGCAAAAACAACAUUAUCUUUUUUGGCUCCAACGAAAAAGACAAGAACGAGACUGAACUGAUAGACUACAUUAAAGAAACCAUUCAGGAUUCAGGAACCCAUUUGGACAGUCAAGAGAUAAGCAAUAUCUAUCGAAUUGGUAAACCAUCAUCCAAAUGUCGCCCCGUCGUCGUUACACUCACUACAACAUGGAAGAAACACCUGAUCUUGAAGAACAAAGCUAACCUUCCUUCAGGGAUAUAUGUCAAAGAAGAUUACCCGAAAGACGUUCUAAUAACACGCAAAGAAUUACAGUCAAAAGUAGAUGAAGAAAAGAAAAAAGGAAACGUAGCAUACAUCAAAUACGACAAAUUAGUAGUAAAGCAUCCAUACAACUCAAGUAAAGAAAAAAGGAAAAGAGAUAGCAAGUCACCAAAAUUAGCACCACAAAAGAAGCAAAAUACUAGGAACACAGAAGAUUCUGCAAAUACAGCAACAACAGCCCCAUCAAAACAAAUCUGCUUCUUCUCUAUCAGACAUCCCAAAAAACAAUUAACCGCCUCCACCAUCCGGAACCGCCAUAUAGAAAAUAAAAACUAUGGAUUUAGAAAAACUCCAAUAAACAACACCCCAAGCCGGCUAGUCACCGUGGGGAAAGUAGACUACUACCCUCCAUAUACCCACUUUCAACAUACAGCGAGGUCAUCAAAUGAACUAACUACACCCAUCCACACACCACCUAAUAGAAACCAACAACUCAGAUUAUGCACCUAUAACGUAAGAUCGCUACUAUCAAACGAACGACUAUUGGAACUAUCUCACGCCCUCAAGAAAAUAAACUAUGACAUAAUAGGACUCAGUGAAGUAAGAAAACAGGGCUGCACCAUUGAGGAACACCAAGACUUCAUACUUUGCUAUACGGGAGUAUCAGGUGGACUUCAUGGAGUGGGAUUCAUUAUUAAGAAGACUUUUAAACAAAAUAUUGUCAACUAUACCGGAAUAUCAGAACGAGUGGCCGUACUGAAGCUGAGAUUUGGAAAUCAUACAUUAUCAAUCAUUCAAGCUUAUGCUCCCACUGAAAAAGCUAGCGAAGAAGACCUCGAAAAAUUCUAUGGCGAUAUGAGGAAAGCUCAUGAAUCAGAGGAAAAAACAGUGAUAGUCAUGGGAGAUUUUAACGCAAAAAUUGGACAGCCAAAGAAACUUGAAAAUUUAGUAAUGGACCAUAGACUAUUGAGAUCAACGUUUACAUUAAAAUCUCUUAAAUUGAACAGAAAAUCAUUCAAGCCUCAAUCAAAAGCACCAGAAUCAGACACAGAAAAAUCCACAUAUAUGAAAAAUUUAAAAGAUAAUAUAAACAAACAGCUUAUAGCCUUACAUAUCGACAAUUUGCAAAUGUACUAUGACAUAUUGGAAAACAUUAUCAUAACUAGUCUGCAAACAAUAGAAAUAAACAAGAAAACUAAGAAAAAGCCAACAAUCCUAAGAGAUACUACAGUGAACUUGAUAAAGAGACGUUCAGAAUUAAUAUCAACCAAAAAUAAAGACAGAAGUACAAAAACAGAACUAAAAAACAUAUUCAAGGUAACAAACAAAGCUAUUAAAGAAGAUUACAAUAACCACAGACAAAGAACCAUAGAGAAAAACCUGAACAUGUACAGAAGUUCCAAACGGGCAUUCAAAGAAUUAAACACUCAAAAAGUUUGGAUACAAAAACUUAAAAACGAACAUGGAGAAACAACGUCUAGAAGCGAUAUCAUAGAACAUGCAACUGCUUUUUACAGAGAGCUAUACAAGAAACCAUUAGAAGACGCUCCUGAGGAAAACCCAGCAAUUUUUGAGGAUACAGAGGAACCUGUAGAAGUGGAACCAAUAAGCACUACUGAUGUAUUUCAUCAUAUAAAAAAACUAAAGACCGACAAAAGUCCUGGACCAGAUAACAUAAGUAAUGAAGCUAUAAAGAUUGGAGCACCCAUUCUGAUUCCAUAUUUUGCCGAACUGUUUAAUAUGGUGCUGGAAAAUGGAAAAGCUCCCAAACAAUGGUGCUGCUCAAACAUAGUACUCCUAUACAAAAAAGGUAACCCAGCAGACAUUGGAAACUACAGGCCAAUAAGCUUACUGUCCAGCAUUUAUAAACUUUUCACUUCUAUUGUAUUAAGCCGAAUAUCAGCAAAGAUAGAUAACAACCAACCAAUCGAACAAGCAGGCUUCCGUUCUGGUUUCUCCACUAUAGACCACAUACAUACAUUGGACCAGAUACUCGAAAAGUAUAAAGAAUACAACCGACCACUCUAUAUCGCGUUCAUCGACUAUGCAAAGGCAUUUGACAGCAUAUCACACAACUCGAUAUGGAAAGCGCUCGCCAUGUGUGGAAUAAGUAGGAAAUAUAUAGAAGUCAUAAAGUACAUCUACACGCAAAGUACCAGUAUCAUAAGUCUGGAAAAUAAAGGGGAAGAAAUAACAAUAGAGAGAGGCGUCAGACAAGGCGACCCAUUGUCUCCCAAGCUAUUCAUAGCAGUACUGGAAGGCAUAUUUAAAGAAAUAGAUUGGAAAGAAAAAGGACUGAAGAUACAGGGACAUUACUUAAACCAUCUCAGAUUUGCUGACGACAUUGUCCUUUUUGCAGAAACAGCAAACGAGCUAGAGCAAAUGAUACAAAUUCUGGACAGCAAAAGUAAAAAAGUGGGAUUACACAUGAACAUAAACAAAACCAAAAUAAUGACAAACCAUCUAAGACAACAGAUAAACGUGUCGGGUCUCUGUAUUGAGUAUGUGAAUGAAUAUAUCUACCUUGGGAAACAACUAUCUUUCGGUACGAAGAACAAUGAAGACGAAGUAGACCGGAGGAUCAACUGUACCUGGAAGAAAUUCUGGGCGCUUAAAGAAAUCCUUAAAGGAGACUAUAGCAUAAAACUAAAACAAAUAAUGCCCUUCAACAUGCCCUACGUCUCAAAUGGAAGUGGGCUGGACAUAUUUCCAGAUACAGUGAAAGAAGGUGGACACAAGAAACAACAAAAUGGCUGGGACCAGCUGGUAAAAGAAAAUCAGGUAGACCACGAAAACGAUGGUCAGAUGACAUCGUCGAAAUUGCCGGCACCAACUGGAUGA